GGGCGCUCGGGAUCCAUCUUGACGCUGCACACUAAAGACGCCGUAGAAGAAGAGCUAGUAGACUAUUGUAAACACAAGGAUAUGGCUGACGAGAGGGGUGGAGGAGAAGACAACAUUAACGAGAACAUGGGAAACCAGUUACAGCUUUUACCAGACAAUGAGGAAGAGGAGGAGGAAGAUGACAUGGAGACUGAAGACAGAGACAGUGAGGAUGCAGAGAAGCCCAAUAUCAUCACCUUUGACCCCAGUCUUCCCACAUCACAUGCUUACCUGGGCUCAGACAUGGAGGAGUUUCACGGCCGUACAGUUCACGACGACGACAGUUGUCAGACCAUCCCUGUGCUGCCACACACGGCUGUGAUGCUGGUGCCGGGCCAGACGCUGCCUCUGCAGCUCUUCAGGCCGCAGGAGGUCAGCAUGAUGCGGAGCGUCAUCCAGAGAGACCGCACCUUCGCUGUGCUCGCCCACAGUGAUGCAGGUGACCCGGAGGCAGAGUUUGGAACAACAGCUGAAAUCUAUGCAUACCGAGAGGAGCAGGAAUAUGGCAUCGAAACUGUUAAAGUGAAAGCUGUGGGGAGGCAGAGAUUCAAGGUCCAUGAGAUAAGAACUCAAGCAGAUGGGAUCAGACAAGCCAAAGUACAGAUCCUUCCAGAACGAAUCCUCCCAGAUCCCCUCUCUGCCGUGCAGCUCGCUCCCCUCUCCAGACUCCACAUGCAGCCCUCCUCCAAAGCCCCGACUCAGAGCUGCAAGCAGGCCCAGUGCUUCUGGAGCAACUACCAGCAGAGGAAGUUUCACUGUGCCAGUCUGACACCAUGGCCACCCUGGGUCUACGCACUCUACGACUCUGAGUCGCUCAUGAACAGAGUGAAGAAACAGCUCCAUGAAUGGGACGAGAAUCUGAAGGACGACUCUCUCCCUACAAACGCCGUAGAUUUCUCCUACAGAGUGGCUGCCUGUCUGCCCAUAGACGACGCUCUGCGGCUCCAGCUGCUGAAGAUCGGCAGUGCCAUCCAGAGACUGCGCUGUGAGCUGGACAUCAUGGACCGGUGCACAUCACUGUGCUGUAAGCAGUGCCAGGACACAGAAAUCACCACCAAAAAUGAGAUCUUCAGUCUGUCUUUGUACGGCCCAAUGGCUGCAUAUGUCAACCCUCAUGGCUACGUCCAUGAAACUCUGACGGUCUACAAAGCCAACAACCUCAACCUGGUCGGCAGGCCAUCCACACUGCACAGCUGGUUUCCAGGGUACGCCUGGACAAUUGCUCAGUGCCGAAUCUGCGGGUCUCACAUGGGUUGGAAGUUCACAGCCACCAAGAAGGACUUGUCUCCACCUCGUUUCUGGGGUCUUACCCGUUCAGCCAUGCUCCCCCGUAUCCCUCAGGGCGAGGGAGAGGAGGGUAGAGAGAGCUCACGUCUCUUCUGCCUGUGAUGCCGGACCAUCAUUUCCUGUCAAAAAAAAAACAAAAACAAAGAAAAAAAAAAAACCCCUCCAAACCUCUCAAAUCUGGAUCUUUAGGCAGUCUCUGGCUGCGAUUACUUUUAGUAAUCAGUGCGUCACACUCCACCUGUCACCCCUGCCGGCAAAUAAUCCAUCACAUUAGUGGAAAGGUCAUUGGAAUGGCCCCUAAGAGCAAAACAGAACUGGGUGUUGGAUGAAGACUGAAAUGUGGAGACAGCAGUGAGUCAACUCAGUAUGUUGUGAUAAACUGAGAAAGAAAUAGAGAAUAACAGAGUGAACAUGUUGGCCCCAUGACGCGUGCUAACGUCCGAGCAUGCAGCUCCCUGAUGUGCACCCUUGUCCUGCUGAUUUCUUGGUAGCCGCAGACACACACAAACACAAAAGCUUACGCAUAAUUAAACUUAAGCUCUUUUCCUCUGUACGAUUUAAAGUGUGACUGCAUGCAGUUGAGAUAGAGACAUCGCUGGCAAGCAGUUAAUCUUUGAUCUGUUUUGAAACCAGCCAAUGUAAAUUCACCGAGCGUUCAGAUUAUUUGUGGCUUUCUCAGAUAUGUUUUCUGAUGUAAUUUCAGCUGCCGUAGGUCAGUGGAGAAAACUGUAGGGAUGGAAGUGCACUCACGUUCUGUUUGUGUAGAUCUGUCACCGCUGAGGGAUAUUUUGAAUCUUGGAGUUAAAUAAGAUGUAUUUUUGUAUGCAAGAAUGUUGGAAUGAUGGACUCAUCCAUGUGUGGAGACGUUAUGGUAUUUAUUUUCACACCAGUUUUUCGUGGAAUAAAAAAAAAAACUGAGGUGACAAUAAGGAUAAAGUGUAAAAUUUUGUAUUGUACAAAGGUUCAUUGUCCUGACAGAUAAUGUGCUUCAGGAAACAAGCGUUGUCUCUGGUUAUCCAAGUGGAAAUUAGAAAUGUCUUGAUGCUUUUGGUCUUUAUUUUAUUUUAUUUUAUUUUUUUUUUAAGGUCACAGUUGAUCAGCACAGAAAGCAAGGGGAGUAUUUACCUUUUUUCAUUUGGUUUGUUUAUGUUCUGUGGCAUUUUAAAAUGGUGUGCCUACACCCCAGUUCGGUGUCUUUUGAUAAGUUUGAUGAAUCUGUGAACCACAGACGUGAAUGGACAACUAAAUGGAAAAGUGAUGAUGAGAUUUACGUUUGAUUGUUUAAGUUUUUUAGAACUGUGGGGUUUUUUUUGUAGGCUCAGUUUUCAGGAUUUUACUUAUUGCUAUUUUGUCGCAAGAUGCUAGCUGAUGUUUGUAUAAAUGUAACUGUAAAUAAGAGGCAGUUAUAGCAUUUGCUGUGUAAUAUAACUGGUGAGUCAAACUCUUAUUCAUCAUAUCUCUUCCUGUCACAGAGAAUUGUUAGGAAAGAAUCUCUUCAUCAGUAAGAAAAAAUUUUGAUCACAAUAAGAAACCUUCUAGACUGUAAGGAUUUUGGUGUGUCUAAUUUAAUGUUUUUUUUAGCUUUUCUUAAAGGAAUACUUCAAUAUUUUGGGAAACACUCUUUUUUUUAAGAUACCACCAGUAGAUUGUUAGCUUAGCUUAGUUUAGCUUAGUUUGGCUUAGCGUAAAGGCGGGAAACAACUAGCCUGGGUCUGUCCAAUGGUAACAAAAUCUGCUUAACAGACCACACCUCAAAGUACAAAAGUGUACACAUCACAUCAUGUUUGUUUAUAUACCUCGCUAUUUCCUGAAAAUGGAAACUCAGUUACAAUACAGCUGCCAGUUUUUCCACUUUUUGUUAGACACAUUAAACAAGCGAGAUAUAACCCGUUAACUAGUGAACUUCAGAGGUGCUUGGCAGAUAUUUUUUUUUUUUUUGCAGAGCCAAUCUAACUGUUUCUCCCUCUUUUUGCACUAUCCUAAGCUAAGCUAAGCUAACAGACUGCUGGAUGUACCUAUUUACCCUGAGGUGUCAUAUAUACAAUUGCGCGUGAGAAAAUGAGUUUGCUUGGAAUGAAUCAUUUUCAUUUAUUAUCACAUUCUUGUCUUCCUUUAAAAGAGGACUCUAUUGAUUUAGCACUCCUUUAACGUUGUCUGGCUCACAAGUCUGAAAAUCGAUGUACCACACAUUCUUCUUCCUUGUCAAAACCAGUAGCCUACAUUAACCACAAGGCAAUUCAACCGCUACCCAGUGUGUUAUGCUAGUAGUGGCUAUUGUAGCCUCGAGCUGCUAGCCUCCACCAGAGAUGCGGAGUGGGCUGCACAUAAGCAGUAGUACUCCCCGAGAUCUGUAAACUGACUUUGAUGUGAAGCUUUGAAAAUCUGAGCUUAUUCUGAAAUGUGUCUCUUUUUUAAAUUACAUUCACAUUUUAAAUCUUUUAUACAUAUACUGUCAUAUCAUCGAAUCACUUCGUUUCAGCAAAGAGGGAUUUUCAUCGUGAGAAAUACGCGUAAAAUCUACAACAAAUUUGAGUAUAUUCUCUCAAUAAAUUGGAUGCUUCACUGAAGAGAUCACUGGCUUGUUUCCACAGAAGGUCUUUGUUUGUUUUUCCAUGAGAUUCAGUGUACCACAGAGUAAAAUAGACAUGUAGAUAUCCCAUGACUCUUCUGAUGUACAAGUUUCAGCAGGACACUCGAGGCAGGGAGUGCAUUCAGAGGCAUCACUUUGAUUUGGUGUGUGAGUGUAUGUGUCUGAGGCUAGAGAUGUGAGGUGAUAGUCUGAGCUUCAAUAAACAGGUUAAAAAAAAAAAAAAUACAAAAAAAAUGUUGUCUUCCCAGAAUUUGUAUCUUCACAUCUGCAGACAAAUCAACAUGUGCCUUCAUUGUGUUUGUGUGCUUUCAUGUGUCUGAAUAUAAUGAGUGUGCGCUCUAUUAAGCUUUCAUGCAGGUACACGUGGGCAGAGAUCAUCUGUAUGCUAGCACGGUGAAAGUCUAAGAGUCUCUGAGUGGGAGGGGAGUCUUGUCGACCACGUGGAGAACAUUUGAAGUGAUGAUGUUUACAAGGUUGAGGACAUACAACAUGUGACUUGCUCAUAUCUCACCACUUCAAUUUCGUAUCUAAAAAGUACUGCUGACUUGUUUUGUGGCUUUAGCAGUCAUUGUGUCUCUCUGCUUCUCCAGUAAAGUUUUUCGCUUUAUGAA